AUGCCCUUCUUGGUGGACCUCAUGUAUCACUUCCGGGCAUUUGCCCUGGCUCUAAAGGCCAGCAGGGGCUUUGCACCACCAAUAGCCAUGGAACCCUAUUUCAAUCCCAUGGAGAUGUGGCGACGGAUCCUUGCCAUGGUCAUCUAUGUCACGAAGCGCUUGACACCUUUGGUCACCCGACUAGUGCCACCCUUACCUUUGAUGUUCAACCAGAAGAGCACUUUACAAGCCCAGCUUCGAGGAAUACCCAACGAGCCCAAGGAUCCCUCCGACUCAACGAGCCAGGCUUCGUGGGACAUCUUGGACGCAGUGGAGAUGGAGAGCUCACACCAGAGAGAGAUCACACCAGAGAGCCAAGACAUGUCCAGUGGAGAGAUCACACCAGAGAUCUACCUGAUGAUGGGAACACCGCCACUGUGUCUUCAUCGGAAAGGGGCCCAAUUGGCAGUGAGCCGCAACGAAAAACCACUUUAUUGGAUGUGCCCUCUGCAAGGAAAAGAUCGAUGCGACUUCUUCGCGUGGACAGAGCAUCAGCCCCUGAUCAAAAGGACAGAUCACAAGGUUGGGUGCAAUCACCUCUACACAACCAAGGCCGGAACGAAUGCCUUCAAGAUCCAAAAAAGAUGCCUGCAAUGCCACAAGAUCAUCUUUGAAGAGAAGACUGCGCUUGGCGCGGCCAAGGCUUUAGAGAAGAUAUCGCGGAAGGCACAUAUGCACCGCCAUCAGGGCUAG